CUCUCCAUCAUCUUCCCGCUUCGUCUGAACUCGCGGUGUGUGCUGUCUGUAGGAAGUCCUCCGCGGAGUCUCGACCUCUCCUCCUCCUCCGUCGCCGCCGCCGCUUAUCUACUGCGAAGCAAAAUGCCUGGAUUAGCCACUGAAGUUGGGAAUGUGCACAGCAUAACAGAUGAAUCCAGUGGAAAUAAUUCAUCUUACAAGGAAAGCUACACCCAGUUGAGGUCUCCAAGAAGUCCACUAAGUCCGCACAGUCCUCGAAGUGAUUCCAUUGAUCUUUUUAUCAAUCGUGUGGUAGAUACCUCCAUCGAGCAGUUAUAUAACAAUGUGUUUGAGAUGCAGAGCUCCGAUCAAUCUCCCUCCAGGUCUAGUAUUCUCUCAUAUGGUGAGGAAUCCAGACUUGAUUCAGAGUUGGGCCAUCUUGUCGGAGACUUUGGUGUAAUGGAGAUGACAACGGAUGUGGUGCCAGAGAGAAGACUAGAGGAUAAAGAUUGUGACCACUAUCCAAUUGAAGGCAUUGAUCUAACCGUUGAGAAGAUCGAAAUGAGAGGUAGAUACCAAUCUGCAGUUAAAGAGGAGCAAUCAUCGGAAGCAAGUUCUAUGCGCAAAGUGCCCCGCGAGAGACCUCCUGCUGGCAAAAAGAAUGAAAAGCGUGCAAAAAGGAAAAAUCUUAGGAGAAAACAGAGAUAUCUUGGUUUACUUGGGGAAAAGUAUAGCAGUAUAGAAAAUAUUCUUGAUGUGGGACUUGAUGAUGCAGACGUUGGACCCUAUUUACUCAAAAGAAUGAGAGAUAUGAUUGCUAGUGGGGCUAAUCCCCAGAGAGCUCUUGAAUUGGCUCUUCGAGCUGUGAGCUCAUAUGAGCAACGAGUCAAUGAAAAACCUAGUUUAGGGUUGGUUAUGUGUUUGCAUGUUUUGGCUGCAAUAUACUGUGACUUAGGUCAGUAUAGUGAAGCAAUUCCAGUUCUUGAGCGCUCAAUUGGAAUUCCAGCUUUCGAGGAUGGUGAAAACCAUGCGGUUGCUAAAUUUGCUGGCUGCAUGCAGUUAGGUGAUACAUAUGCAAUGAUCGGUCAGAUGGAGAACUCGUUACUGUUAUAUAUGGCUGGUUUGGAGAUCCAAAAGCAAGUUUUGGGAGAGACAGACCCCAGAGUUGGCGAGACAUGCCGUUAUAUGGCCGAGGCUUAUGUCCAGGCAUUGCAAUUUGAUGACGCUGAGAAGCUUUGCCAAAUGGCUCUGGACAUUCACAAGGGAAAAGGUUCUACUGCUUUCCUUGCAGAAGCGGCUGAUAGGAGACUAAUGGGACUUAUCUGUGACUCAAAAGGUGAACAUGAGUCUGCACUGGAGCAUUAUGUUUUAGCAAGCAUGGCCAUGGCAUCGCAUGGACAAGAAUUGGAUGUGGCUUCAAUAGACUGCAGUAUCGGAGAUGCAUACCUAUCACUUGCUAAGUAUGAUGAGGCUGUUUUUGCAUACCAGAAAGCAAUUAAAGUCUUCAAGUCGACCAAAGGCGAGAAUCAUCCGAAAGUUGCUUCAAUUUACGUGCGUUUGGCGAACUUGUACCACAAGAUUGGGAAGUUCAAGGAAUCCAAAUCCUACUGUAAGAAUGCACUUCAUAUUUACAGAAGGCCUAAUCCGAUGAUCCCAUCUGAAGAGAUUGCUGGUGGCUUCAUUGACCUUUCUGCCAUCUAUGAGUCUAUGAAUGAGUUGGAACUGGCACUCACAUUGCUUAAGAAGGCUUUGAAGAUACAUGCUGAUGCCCCUGGCCAGCAACACAUGGUUGCAGGAGUCGAGGCACAGAUUGGAGUUAUUUAUUAUAUGAUGGGAAAAUAUUCUGAUUCUUACACCUCCUUAAAUUCUGCUGUUUCGAAAUUCCGGGUCAGUGCAGAGAAAAAAUCCCCCUUGUUUGGAAUUGCUCUAAACCAAAUGGGUCUAGCCUGUGUGCAAUGUUUGGCAAUAAACGAGGCUGCAGACCUCUUUGAAGAAGCAAGAAGUAUUUUGGAAAAGGAAUAUGGACCAUAUGACCCUGACACAUUAGGUGUCUGCAGCAAUUUGGCUGGCACGUACGACGCAAUGGGCAGGUUGGAUGAUGCAAUUGAAAUUUUGGAGAAUGUUGUCGCCAUUAGACAGGAUAAACUUGGGACAGCAAACUCUGAUGUGGACGCCGAGAAGCAAAGGUUGGCUGAGUUGUUGAAAGAAGCCGGAAGGGAUUGGAGCAGGAAGUCCAGGCCUUUGGGCACUUUACUUGAUAGUUGAUACUAACUCUUGUGUCUUAGAAGAUGGUGGCAUAAAGGUACUGUGAUUUUGACGAUGUACAUUCUUUCAUAGGCAUGAAGCAAAGUUGAGAGAGGAAAUGCAUAGGCUGUCUACUUUCGUUGAAGAGUUUUUAAAGCAAAAUAAAGAGAUAAUAAGAAAGCCACCGCCCUUCUGGAUAUCUAGCUUGGUGUGGGAUAUUGGGCAUGUAUAAGGUUUGAUUUUAUUCAUCAUUUUCAAGGAAUCGUUGAUAUUUACUUGUUAGCAAAUAAAGAAUGGUUAGGAUUUCAUUC